CAACGAACAACAAAAUGCUCGCUACUCGUUCUGCUGCCUUCGCCUCGGUCGCUGGCCGGCGGACUCUUGUCACUCGCGCUAUGGCAACCAAGCUGGACUCAAUUAGGGAGACGGUUGCCAAGAACAAGGUGGUCGUGUACAGCAAGACUCACUGCCCCUACUGCAUGAAGGCCAAGAGCUCCAUCAACCAGUUCCUGCAGCCCAGCCAGUACACCGUCAUCGAGCUGGACGGCCGUGCCGACAUGGACGAGAUGCAGGACGCCCUGCGCGAGCUGACGGGGGCCCGCUCCGUGCCCCGCGUGUUCGUGGGCGGGAAGUUCCUGGGCGGUGGCGAUGACACCGCCGCCGCCGCCGCCAACGGCACCCUGAAGAAGCUGCUGCAGGAGGCCGGUGCUCUGUAAAUGGCAGACCGGGAGCUUGACGGGCGGCAGGCCGGCCCAGUUUACUUAUUUAACGCAGGUUGCGGGGCAGAUGAAACCGUUCAGGCGCUUGAAUGCGGCUGCGGCAGGCUUUGUACGCCACCCCUGAGAGUCUGGAGCAGGUGCCAGGUGGAGACCAUGUUGGUGAUAUGAGGAUCCUUGCGGACAGCAGCCAGAAGAGCUGCCGUGGCUUAGUAUGCGAGCGUUCGUUGUUGAGUAUUGAAGGACGGACUAAGCGCAGGGCGGUACCCAAGGUGGAGCGCGAAGGCUGAUAUGGAGGGCGAUGGGCGGGCAUGACUGCAACUUGUUGGGGGUACAAUUUUGCGCCUCGUGUUGUAUGUGACAUCAGUAUUGCUGGCGCCGCCCCAGCAGGCCCAGUGUAAGCAGUUGUGUGAAAAGCGCGUGCCGUCGGCAGGUCGGGGGCCAGGAGGGUGAGCGAGGGCGUGCCUGUGCAAUGCGGCUGGCAUCA